AUGGACUUUAUCCAGUCUCUCGAUUCUUCCAAACUGACUCUCUAUGGAACGGCCUUGUCGUUCCUAUUGAGCACCACCCCAGCCCUAUCCUACAACUUUCCCCUGUUCCUCUUUGGGACAUACAUUCAAGAACAGAACGAUGCAGUUCAAUCGUUGCAAACAUUCACCGGAUUAUUGGCUGCAUCCAUACUCUUCGACGUGAUCUCCUUUUUCACCAUACAACAUACUUUCUGGACAUCGAUCCUCACCGUCUUCUUGCUCCUCCUCAAGGUUCCUACAUUCCUGGCGUUCACGGCUGCUUUGCGUCAACGAGGAAGUGAGCUGAGCUUGGGCAUGGGAGGCGCCAACAUCCAGGGUGCAACACUUUGGGCCAUGCCUGGUGGAUUCACUUCCAACAGUCGAGACGGAUAUCAGCCUGUCGAUGACGACGCCUUCGUUCGCCCUGCACAUCAAUCGAUACCCACGAACCCACCGAUGCCUCAACCUGCUCCCGCAAACCCCGCUCCGGCCCCACCUGGUGCAUACCAGAACGUCUAA